AUCAAAGGAAAAUGUUUAAAGCCAAUGUUGGCCAGAAAAGGAAAUUCGUUGAAAUUCUAGUACUAAGUCUAUAAACAGAGGCCGAGACCAUCUCUGUUCCUCAUGGCAUUUGCAAAUCAAGCAGUCUCUGCUGGUUUUUCAGCCAUUUCGGCGGAAAAUGCUUUAAAAUAGUAAUUGUUGUUGACCGUCUUCAAAGCGUAAAUUUAGCUAAAAGUAUAGUUCUAGUUUCUUUUCAGUCAGUUGUCGAUGUAGAACAUACUAACGACUAAUAAAUAUGUAUUAUUACGACGAUAUAUUAUGAAACAUUUGCACGUUAGCGAUUUCCCGCGCCUUAAGCCAUACGCGACACAUAGUUAAUCAACUAUGUCAGGUCCGUGAUCAAAUUUCGCCGCCACUCACAAUCGCGUCAAGAACCAUAUACUACGCGAGAAUGGAUUACCUACAUCUAGCUUUUGCUUUCUUUCUAAAAAAAAUUCUACCACUUGCAAGGGAAGAUUAUUGAUACAAAAUAUGCUGGUAUUUUAAUCUUAUGAUGGAAUUGAUUUUUUUUUGCUCCAAAUGGCGUGAAACUUCGACAUUGCGUGAGAUGAAGGAGGAAAUAUGGAAAAAAGCACCUGAUGCUCGCUACACUCACUGGAAACAGACAGUGUUUUAUUUUGAUGACUACCUGACAGUUAAACCUGGUGAAGAAAUUACAGGAGAAUUACAGAUGAAACCUAACGAGAAAAAUAAUAGAGAUCUGGACUUCAAGAUUCAUUUGAAAUUCGAUGGGGAACUUGGUCAAUAUGAUAAAACACAAACCUACAAGAUGCGUUAAAGGUACUGGCAUCUACAAGACUUUUAAAAACAAGUAAACAUGUAGUGCUUGGCUCACUUUUAAUGAAUCAUUAUUAGUUAUAGCAACACACACAUAUUACAGCUACCUUAAUUUACCUCACACUGACCAGUAAAUAAUGCAAUAAAGUCUUCUGGCCUGUAACUCCAGUAACACGAAAAUUAAACUUCAGAUGUGUUUUGCUCAAACAAUGUGAUGGCAGGUUAGGCUUAAAUGAUUGCCCCAUAGUUUUCCCUGCUUUGAAUAUCAAACUGUUCAUUCCAUCUAGGGCUACCAAACAUGUAAAAGUAGGGUGGAUCCUACUCUUUUGUUGUUUUUUUUUUUGUUUUUUGUUUUUUUUGUUGUUUUUUUUUUCGGUGUCCACUAGUAAAGAAAAAAAGGUCUUGUCCCAGGCACCAGCAGGGUCAUCCUACUUCCAUGUUUUUGUCCAGAUAUGGGAGAAAUAAUAUAGAAAUGAUGUUAAUUACUGUAGCUGUAAUUGUUCUGAAAUCUGAGAGUUACCAAUACCUUGAUUGCAGGUUUCAGACAAAUAGUAGAAUGUAUUUUUAAAUUUCCAGUCAAAGCAUCAGAUCUAUUUAUGACAAAAUUGAAAAUACAGUUUCAAUGCUGUCUUACUAAGGGUUAUUUUCAAAACGUUGAACCAAUCACUUAAAGGGACCACUUCUCAAAUGGUAUGCAUCAGUUCUAAGAACUGGUACAUGUAAGUACCAUUUCAAAACUCCCUGCUUUGGCCCAUUGGUUCGACUUAUUGUAUAGCUCCAAGUGGAUUUUUUCUCUUAGAAGAGGUUUAAUAAUUCUUUUAUUUUCCAUCGUAAGGUUAAGCAAAUAUCUUUGGAUUUAUAUAACUCCAUUUUUAUGGAACAAUGAACAUGCACUUGUAAAUAACCAAAUUUAUUAUUUUAACUAUAUAGAUGUUUUGCUAGUGUAGCACCUCAGGGGGGAGUAGGAGUAGGAGAAUCCCUCUGCACAAUCUUGUACCCAGAGCCCAUGUUCCUCCUUGUCAACACCAAGCUCACCAAGAGGACGUGAGCUCUGAGUACGAGAUUGCAAUCUGAACGCUCCGCAUGCCAGAUAUAUUGGAUUGAGAACAAAAUAAUAGCAGCAGCAAGGACAACAAAACAUCAAUUGAAGGCCUGGAUUCUUAGCCAUGCAGCACUUUAACAAAAGAAUCAGGCACAGAUAGCAAUGUUUUAAGCGUGGGGCUAACAGCAAAAUACAAAGAAAAACCUUUUCAUUGCAUGUAGGAAAAGUGUAAUUUCUUUGUUUAUUUAUAUGUUAACCACAUUCUUAAAAUAAUUUUGAGAGUAGUCUAUAUAUUAAAGCACUAGUAUUGUAUGUAUACACUUAUUUCAAUAAAGUUAGUCACCAAAAAUCUAGAAAGCUAAGAUCGCUGAGUAUCAUGGGAAACUUUUCAUAUCAAGGAAGCAUAUAUAUACAAAGCUUUUUUAAUACACACUGCAGCUCGAUGAUGCUCAGAAGAGGUGAGACUGUAACCGGUAAAAGAUUCGCAAGUCCAUGAACAGUUAUCAAGCGGUUGAACGUGUAAAAUGAAUCUAUUCCUUGUCGGCCUCAGCUUUAUAGCUUUUCAGGUGACUAACUUUAUUGAAAUAAGUGUAUCUUGAAAAGAGAAGAGGAACAGUCGUAAACUUUAAUGGUGCAAUUUCUUUUUUUUAAUUGUUUCAUGAACGAUUCAUAGUUGUGGUUGCUAUAUAAAACUGUUUCAUUGAUAUAGUGUUUGCACUCUAUAUAAGUAAUAAGGUGGACGAGCUAGAAUGCCAAUCGUAGUGAGUGCGACAUUACUUCCUUUAUUUUAUUCUAUUUUAUUUUCUUGGUCGUUAAUAAAGUCUUGAAAUCGUG